UGUGCGUGCCUCUGCCGGAGUUCUGGGAAGUUGUAGCUGUCGAGAAUGGGGGUCUGUGGGUACCUGUUCCUGCCCUGGAAGUGCCUCGUGGUCGUGUCUCUUAGGCUGCUGUUCCUUGUACCCACAGGAGUGCCGGUGCGCAGCGGAGAUGCCACCUUUCCCAAAGCUAUGGACAACGUGACGGUCAGGCAAGGGGAGAGCGCCACCCUCAGGUGUACAAUUGACAACCGAGUCACCCGGGUGGCCUGGCUAAACCGCAGUACCAUCCUCUAUGCCGGGAAUGACAAGUGGUGCCUAGAUCCUCGUGUGGUCCUCCUGAGUAACACCCAGACGCAGUACAGCAUUGAGAUCCAGAAUGUGGACGUGUAUGACGAGGGUCCUUAUACUUGUUCGGUGCAGACAGACAACCACCCGAAGACCUCGAGGGUCCACCUCAUUGUACAAGUAUCUCCCAAAAUUGUAGAGAUUUCUUCAGAUAUCUCCAUUAAUGAAGGAAACAACAUCAGCCUCACGUGCAUAGCCACAGGUAGACCGGAGCCUACAGUAACCUGGAGACAUAUUUCUCCCAAAGCUGUCGGCUUUGUGAGUGAAGACGAGUACCUGGAAAUUCAGGGCAUCACUCGGGAGCAGUCGGGGGACUAUGAGUGCAGCGCCUCCAACGACGUGGCUGCUCCCGUGGUACGGAGAGUGAAGGUCACCGUGAACUAUCCGCCAUACAUAUCAGAAGCCAAGGGAACCGGUGUCCCCGUGGGGCAGAAGGGGACACUGCAGUGCGAAGCCUCGGCAGUCCCUUCAGCAGAAUUCCAGUGGUUCAAGGAUGACAAGAGACUGGUUGAAGGAAAGAAGGGAGUCAAAGUGGAAAACAGACCUUUCCUCUCAAAGCUUAUCUUUUUCAACGUUUCUGAACACGACUACGGGAACUACACGUGUGUGGCCUCCAACAAGUUGGGCCAUACCAAUGCCAGCAUCAUGCUAUUUGAACUAAAUGAGCCUACAAGCUCAACUUUAUUGCAAGAAGUGAAAACUACAGCCCUGACCCCUUGGAAAGGCCCCGGUGCUGUCAGUGAAGUGAGCAAUGGGUCAUCAAGGAGGGAAGGCUGCAUUUGGCUCCUCCCUCUUCUGCUCUUACACCUGCUCCUCAAAUUUUGAUGUGAGUGUCCCUUCCCUGCUGGGGAGAGCUGCUGCCACUCCAUCUCAAUGCAACGACAGCACGGAGACACGACAACGAGUCAGCAUCAAACGAAAUUCAGAGAAUCACGGCCAAUGGGACAGAAAUUCGAGGGAGGGGAACAAAGAAUACCGUGGGAAAGCAAAAAAAAAAAAGUUUUAACAAAGGAAAUUUGAAAAUUGCCUUGCAGAUAUUUAGGUACCACUGAGUUUUCUUUCUUUUCCCAAAUGGGAAGAAGGCACACCUGGCUUGGACCCACCCACAAGCUGCACUGUGUGACCUCUCUUGUUGCCAGGGUGGGCAAGGGCUCAGCCACCCUGCCCACUAAAGUGCCCCACCAUGGAACAUUCUGGAGUCGGCCAUCCCAAAUUCCAUCGGUCCAUAGAGACAAGCACAGAGUGAGAAGCAGGGGCCUAGAUGUGCCGCGGAGGGCCCUUUGGCGGGCUGCGCCAUGGUGGCAUGUGUCAUGAAGUGUGAAAUCAGAAGAAAAAACAAAAGACAGCAGCAACAAAAAAAGAAAGAAAGAAGGAAACAAGACAGCCUGACAGCACCAUAAUCCCACAAGCGCGACAGUCACAAAAUAAAUAUAUCGUUAAGCUUUUGUUUUUCAUUUUACCACACGGACAUCAUGGAUAAUAAGGGAUUCUGACUCAUUAUUAAUUUUAUUAAUUAUAUUUUCUGAUAUGAGUCUAGAACUUAGUGCAUAAGCAAGAGACAAAACUAAAAACAUACAGGAGAGGGGUGAAGAGAAGCGUGUUUAGUAAGCAAAGCAAAUAGUGUACUUUCUACCUAGGUUUACAACUGGUGGGCCACACGCCAGGUACUAACCACCUGGUGAGGCUUUGGCAAAUCCACCGGAAACACAUGAGAUUUAACAAACACCUCCACCAGCGCUACAGACUCCUCAUUCUGGCAUUCCAUGCAGACAGUACUAUGCUAUCUACACACUGCUUAGAAAUGGAAGGUUGAUCUGCACUCUAUCUUGGUUUGUUGGCUAUGCUUCUUUUGAUGACAUAUAUUAUACAGUAUAUAUAUAUAUAUACAUACAUAUAUUUUUUUUGUUAGAGUUCUAGCCAUUUUGUUUCUCAGCAGGGUCCUUUCUCAGACAUUACUGCAUGCUGUAUAUGGCGUUAGCUGUGUGUUGAUCUUCUAAAAGAUGAUAGAGUUUACUGGUAAUUGUGUAAUCAGCUCCUUCCUUUUUUUUCUUGGGUUAUUUACACGUCAGAGACAUUUCUCAGAAGCAGAAAGGACACCAGAAACCAUAACUAAUAUCAGGCGCAGCAUCUUUCCAGGUGUGGCUCUCUGAGGCGGAGGCCGCCAGCUUAGCUUCUCCAUCACACCUCGGGGCAUUAACGGACAGCAAGCAACUGGACCAUCUAAACCAACAGUCAGUAAUACCUUGCUUUAGCCCAUUGCGGGAAUCCCUGAUGCCUUUGUGACUACUGGAGAACUUAAUCCUCUUGGUUUAUUUUAUUUAACUUUCCACCUUCGUGUGAGUGUGUAUGAAAGAGAAGAAAAAUGCAGUUUUUAGGUAACCAUUUUUUUUUCCUUCCCCGAAGUCUGGGGACC